GAUGUUGUACGGCGUCUACAAGCAGGGCCUCUGGUGCUCGAUGUGCGGCAUCGCGCUUCACACAUACCACGUGGACGACGCCGGCGACACCUGCCCACACGGUCCGGCGGGCCUGACGACGACAGGCGUCGCAACUGACGGGCCGGGCGUGGCCUCCGACUCGGAUGACGAGGGGGCAGAUGUUGGUACUGGUGAAGACGAGCUUGCACUCGCGCUGGUGCCGUCGAUCAAGGGCACCGGUAUGGUCGACGUCGCAACUGCAAAUGCGACGGGCGACAUGGCUAGCGCCUCAAGCCAGCUUGCGGGCGAGCCGGCGCAGCAGUCGGCCCCAGCGCCGAUCCUCUCGUUUGUAUCCGUCGCCCGCCUGGCAUCGCUUGUCGACAAGGCACGAACCCGGCUCGUCGACGCAGUCGUCUCCAAAGCCAUGGCCGAUGUCGCCGCCUCGCCCAGUGGCAGCCAGAUCCGUGAGUGGCUGGCUAGUCUGGGUCUCGACCUUCACCUCCAAGCUUUCCUUGCCAUGUACGACUCGCUUGACGAAGUUGCCACUAGCCUCGACGACGCCGAUCUCAACGACAUGGGUAUCUUUGAUGCCUCAAAGCGCGCCGCGCUCCUCGACGCCGCGGCUGCGCUCGUUGUUGAGACAAAGUCAGACGCGCCUGUGCCGGCUGUUGCAGCUGCCGUUGCGGCUCAAGCUGUCUUGCCGCCUGCCGAUUUCAUGGCCGACAAGGCCGCCCGCCGCAGGUUCCGCAUCGUCGAAGAGAUCAUGACCACCGAGGAGACGUACGCCUCGUCGCUCGCCCUCAUUCAGACCUGGUUUCUCCGCCCGCUGCGCUCGCGGCUGCUGACCGCAGGUGGACUCAACAUGGAUGAGCUCAUGCGGUCUGUCGGCAUGUUAACGUCGGGCAAGGGCCAGGCGCCGGUGCCGCCAACUGAAGCGCCAGUCGCGCCGGACGGCGCAGCGCGCGUCCCUGCCAUCACCACCGAAGAGUACUUUGCGCUCUUUGCCAACCUCGAUCAGAUGACGGCGAUGCAUGGACGCAUGUCCGAAGUUCUCAAAGAACGCGUCGCGAGCUACGAUCCGGCCACAACACGCAUCGGUGACCUCUUUGCCACACGGACCAACUUUUCCGCAAACUCGCACGAGGUCUUUCAGGCGCUGUGUGGCAGAGGCAAGGCAAAGAACAAGGCGUUCAAGACCUACGUCGACGCAUUUGCUGCGGCGGUGGGCAUGAACCUACCCGCCUUUCUCAUCAUGCCGGUCCAGCGCAUUCCACGCUACAUCCUCCUCCUCUCCGACCUCAUCAAGCACACGGCCGAAGACCAUCCCGACUACCCCGCGCUGGAGCGUGCACUCUUCAAGGUCAAAGAGGUCGCCGACUACAUCAACCGCGCCGCCCGUGAGUUUGCAGAGCUCAAGGCUGUUGCUGCCACCCUCAAGGGUGCGCCCCGUGUGUUGGUCAACCACCACCGCCGUCUCCUUGCCUCAGGCCUCCUCUACAAGCACAAGACCUCAGCGGCAUCGUCGUCGUCGAGCCUGCUCAAGAUCUUCCUCUUCUCAGACCUUUGGGUCGAGGCCAAGCCUGCGAAGAAAGCAGGCAAACCGCAUAAGUUCCUCGCUUGCUAUCGCCUCAAGGCGGCCGCCGUCAGGCCGGACCGCGACGCCAACGCCUUUGUCCUCGACGUUGUCGAGACCGUCCUCGACUUUCGGUAUCGCCUUCCGCCCAUGGGCAUGAGCGGUUCUGCAGACGACGGUACAGCACUCGAUCUCAAUGGCUGGCUCGUGAGCCUCGACACUGCCAUCACCGAGGCUUCGCUCAAGGGCGACCGCCCGCGCCUCCUCGCCAAGCGACUCCACGCCGACUCAGUGCUCGAGCCAGGUGUCUCUGACAGCGACGACGAAUGCGACGACAAUAAGGAUGGUGAUGAUAGCAAUGAUGGCAGCAGCAACGGCGACGAGGCUGCUGCUACAGCAUCUGCGGCUGCCGGUCCCGCAUCCCGCCCGGCCGCUCCAGCCGCCCUUGAUCGCAUGACGCACACCUCGCUCCCUCUUCUGGCUCGUGCCGUGUCGUCCGGCGACGUGACCAACCUUGGCCUGCGGGUCGCCGCCGUCGCUGCCGACGUCCAGCAACUUGUUGACAGCGCUGCUGCUCAAGACGCGCAGGUGGAUGUCGUCGCCUCACUCACCACGCUCAAGGACGCGGCGACUGUGGCUGCUGUCUUGCUGCAGCACGACAGCGGCAGCCCGGAAGUCCUCCAGUCGGACGAGUGGUGCGAGCUCACCGCCGCUCACGCUGCCUUUUCGGCAGCUGUCCGCGCCACCCAGCUUGAACAGUAGAUGCAGACACGCCCGCACACACACCUUUACUCGCGCGGGCACGGCUUGACGCCCCAAAUCUCUUCGGCGUACUGCCGAAUAGUGCGGUCUGACGAGAAAAAGCC